UUGGAGAUGAUCCCACACUUGUCCUGGCAGGUGCGGACAGGGCCGCAGCCCGGCGCGGUGAUUUGCCCUGGGCAGUCUGGCCGGUGAGGACGCUGUGCACCAGGCCAGGCGGCAGGGAGGAUGCGGAGCGAGCAGGGCCGGCCCGGGAGGCCUCAGAGCGCGGCGCUCCGCGCGGGCACCUGGCGCUGCACCUGCGGCCGCGCGCGGGCGGGAGCCAGGUGGCCUCGGCGCGCCCGCCUCGCCGGGCACCAAGCAGGAAGUGGCUGCGGCGCGGCCCGGGCGCGGCGUCCGCAGGGCGCGCCUCCUCCGCGGCGCCUCGCGGUGCAGCCCGGCCUGGAGGCGGCCGGAGCCCGAGCCCGAGCGCCGCGAGCGAGACCUAAUGGCGGCGCUGGCGCCCGGGGGCCCCGGGGACGCCGCCUCGGCCGCCCUGGACGAGCUGUCCCGCAACUUCACGUACGGGGCGCUGGGCUUCGGCAACGGCUCCCUGUCGGGCGCGUGGUACCGCAGGAACCAGAUUCACCUUCUUGGAGUUUUGCUGGCCAUUUUAGGAAAUUUAGUAAUCAGCAUUUCCCUAAAUAUUCAGGUAGUGCCAUUAUUUCUGUUUUGUUUCUGAAAGAAAAUUUGAGAGCCUCAGAUUUACUAGGUAUGACAUUGGCGUUUGCUGGAACAUAUUUAUUGGUGAACUUUGCUCCAAAUAUAACUCAGGCUCUCUCCGCAAGAACAGUACAGUAUUACUUUGUUGGCUGGCAGUUCCUCGUCUAUGUGAUUUUAGAAAUAUUAAUUUUCUGCAUUCUCCUAUAUUUCCAUAAAAGAAAAGGAAUGAAACACAUUGUGAUCCUGCUAACCCUGGUGGCACUUCUAGCCUCAUUGACAGUUAUUUCAGUGAAAGCCGUCUCAGGCAUGAUCACUUUUUCUGUGACGGAUAAACUGCAACUGACUUAUCCCAUCUUCUAUAUCAUGUUUAUCAUCAUGAUAGCAUCUUGUGUUUUCCAAGUCAAGUUCCUGAAUCAAGCCAUGAAACUCUACAAUACAACAACGGUGGUGCCAAUUAACCAUAUUUUCUUUACAACCAGUGCCAUUAUUGCAGGUGUUUUCUGUCAUUCCUUGGUGUGUUUUUGGUCACAAGAAAUCGAGAAAAGGAACAUCUGCCACAGUCUUACAUUGAUUUUGGAAAUAUUCCUGGGAAACAAAUGUUGGACAAAAUACAACCAGAUUCAAAUGGCUUAUCCUAUGGAACUUUGCCUGAUGGAAGUGACUCAACAAAGAGCCAAAGUGCAGAGAAGAAAGAGGUCUAAAAUGCCGAGAGGGAUGGCUGUUGGCCUGCUAUUCGAUACCACCUUUUUAAAAAAUUGCACAUGUUCAAUUUGUGUCAGCAGCUAUUUUAUGCUGACAUGUGCUCGCAUUAGUUUCAGUCAUUUACCCCACCUCCGUUUCUACGGACAAUCAGGGCCUUCCUAAGCUUUGACAGUCUAAUGUUUUCAUGGAAUGUAAUUUGAAGUGUUCCCCACACCCUGGACCUCUCGCUGGUGAUCAUCUAACCGGCUAGAUCUUAAUUAGAGCCUGGCUCCCCAAGCAGGAAUGUCACACAAAAAUGUGCAUUCACGAUUUGGCUGGAGAACACUUAGGUUGCUUUUCCUACACGGCUUGCAGUGUCAGUUGCUUUGCUUUAAAAAGAG